AGAAAAAGGGCCAAAAAAAUUAAAAAGGGAGAAUAUUUUCUAAGAACUGCCGUUAUUUUCCACCCUUCUCUCGGCGGCGAAGACCAACUCCUCCUCCCCUUGCUCUCUAUAUCCCCAAUGGCAACUACGCUCGCCGCCUCGUGUUCCUCGCCCCCUCUACUCCGCCCCAUGUCUCUCCUCCCCCGACUCCGAGUCGGCCUCUCCCUUCCCCUCCGCCGCCGCGCUCUCACCGCCGUCGCCGCCGCCGUCCGGCAGGACGCCGCCACCUGGACCCAGGCCCCUCUCAGCCUCGUCGCCCCCGCCUCUGCCGACGCCUCUCUAUUCCACGUCUCCGUCGACGUCUCCUACGCCCCCGACCUCGCCGUCUCCUACACCGUCCCCGGCCAGUACCUCCAGCUCCGCGUCCCCGCCUCCGACAAGCCCUCCUUCCUCGCCAUCGCCUCGCCGCCCUCCUUCGCCAGCUCCCGUGGCGAGUUCCAGUUCCUCGUCAAGAGGGUCCCUGGCUCCGCCGCCGACCUUCUUUGUGGGCUCGGACGGGGGGAUGUCGUCGAGCUGAGUGCAGUCAUGGGGAAAGGAUUCCAGGUCGAGCGGAUCUCGCCCCCCGACGCCUUCCCCGCCGUCCUUAUCUUCGCCACCGGAUCCGGAAUCAGUCCCAUUCGUUCGCUAAUUGAAUCAGGUUUCAAUGCAAAUGAAAGAUCUGAUGUGAGACUUUACUACGGAGCUAGAAACCUUCAGAGAAUGGCAUAUCAGGAUAGGUUCAAGGACUGGGAAUCUACUGGAGUUAGAGUCAUACCUGUUUUAUCACAACCUGAUGAAAAAUGGAGUGGUGAACGAGGCUAUGUACAGGCUGCAUUUUCAAGAACUAAGGAGAUUCUAAAUCCUUUAUUGACUGGUGCUGUGCUUUGUGGGCACAAACAAAUGGCUGAGGUGCAUAUUCUGCUGGUGAUCAUCUGCUGAUGCCUCAGUAUGUUUUGAUUGCCACUCUCAAAGGAAAAAAAAAAGAAAAAAAAAACUGGCAUUCACGGACAAUAAACUUUGAGUUUGUUGGAUAACCUUCAUCUAGAUUUAAGUUGUCUGUCUUGGUCAAUCCUCUGGAAGGUCAAGAGUUUUGUAAAUUUUUUUUGUUUAUUUAAAUCAAAAUUUGAGGGAAUUUUAAGGCAUGCAAAACCUCGGUAUCCUUUUUCUUUAAUAAUAUUCUCCUUUUCUCGAAGCUAUUAAUAAAGUUUCCUGCAUUUUCAUCCUAGAAUUUGAUAGGACAUAAGUAGCUACUUUUUUGUACCUUUUAGGUUGCUGGAGCUGAUGCUUGAAAAUGUUAAAUCUGGCUUGUAUCAUUCCUUUAGAACCAAAGUUUGGAAACAAGUCGUGAUUAUUGACCAUAAGCAAAAUAUAAGGAGAGGAUCCACGAACUUUUUCCUAUUAUUCAGAAUGUAUUAGUUUUGAACAAUGUACAAGUCAUAAUAUGAUCCGGUACUGAGAACAGAAAAUAAUAUACCUGAUUUCCAGACCCACCAUUGUCAGAUUUCAUUGUUAGUUUUUUGGUGUUCACCUACUAUUGAGACCAUGAAGCUAUGACAAAAUUACUUUCUAUGAUAUUUAUUUAUCUUAUGAUAACAUCAUCUCAUUUUUCUUAGCUCAUUUACGGGUGAAUUUUACUAGUCACAACAGUAUGUCAUUAUGCUGUAAUGAAUCUCAGUGGGUUCUGAAAUUAAAAUCACAUGUCAUGAAUGCUGUAGAUAGUAAGCUUUAUGCGUUAUUCUCGAAAAGCAGAGGAUUUUGUUUGAUGAACCAAUUGUUGUUGUUUCAAUUUUUGGUAAAGUCUCCAGAUUUGGUUGCACGAUAAUGCUGGUUAACUUACAGUGGAUAGCUUAUCUGCGACUUUUUUUUUUAUACA